UAUGGGAUAGCAUGUUAGGAUCUUGGUGGGAUAAGAUUCAAUUGCCCACAUCUCUUUUUGUUGUGGAAUUGCGAUGUUUUGUAGAUGGUAGCUUUGGAAUCCUUUCUGAUGUCGCUGUUCUAAUUAGUAUCACAUAUGUCCAUGGGUGCUAGAUGGGGAAGAAAGGACAUCAUGGAUUGCUGAGGCGGAGCUGGACUGUGAAAUAAUUGCCAUUUGAAUGAGGGAACACCAUCUGUUUGUGGUGGAUUUUUAACUGUCUUCAAUGCUGGCAGCACCACAGCAUAAUAUCCAAACUUUAUUUUGUUUAUCUUGCAUAUUGGUCUUUUAAAAUGCAAUUUUUAGUUAAGGUUCUGCUUCUUUCUUAAUUAUGUCGCUUGGUUGUAUAUGUGUUGGUUCUGCCUUCUCUGUUGUUUCUCUUUCCCCGUGGUGCUAAAUGCUCGUGAGUUUUUCUUAUCCAUUUGGUCACGGUAACUCUAUGUGGAAUUGGUGUUGGGGCUCUUGGAUCAUUGUAAGAGGCACAAGUGGAUAUUAAAUUGGAUUAUUUCUGGAGCAUCUUCAGAUCUUUGUCAAGAUCCAGAUCCCCUGCACCAUCUCGCCAGAAGCAUGUUGGCAAGAGUCCACAGAAAUAUUCUAGUCGUAACAGAAGCAUGAGCCAAAGUCGGAGUUGGAGCCGGAGUCCUUCUAGAUAAGAUUUAUCUCAUGUUGAUAUGACAAGUGGUGCUUUUUGGUUCCCGACGGGUUACCGAUCCAUCCUUUGAAAACCUAUGUUCUAGUUAAUGGAUCAAUUGACAUAAUUCUUGUUGAACUAUUAGAGUUGUCAUUAUUAUACCCAUGAUCGCCCUUUUCUGCAAAGGCUUCAAAACAAUUACCAAUUACCUAAGAUUUCCUGAGCUUUUCCUUGGAUCUUUUUGUUGGCCAUAUCUGUUUUUUCAUCGUGCUCUUUCACUUCCAUUUCAACUCAGGUUCGUAUUCUACUGCUGAAUCAGCUUAUAGUGUGUGCUUAUUUUCAGUGCCUUGCUGGAAAUCAUAUCGUGAAUUUUCUUUUCAUCUUCCCGUGUUGGCACAAUCAUAGUAUGUUUAAUAGAUUGAACAUUGAACUUAUCAGUUAAAUGAAUAGAUAAGUGGGGACACAUGGGAUUUGAAUGUAGAUGGGUUCUGUGUGUGUUUGAGCAUAAUUAUUAUUGUGGUUCUACGAAGUGUGGCGCAGAUCAUUUUGAACGUCUCAGAGUUCCACUUUGGGGUCCCAGUGUCGCCUCUGUCAAUGUCAUAAACAACUCACAUUCGAUGUAGACCACUAUUAGAAUGUGAUUCCGUGUCUUGUAUUGUAGAAAAACCAAUCACCUCUAAUAAUGGAGACCGGGCAAAUAUAAAGCAAUUUUGAAAGUGCCUUCAACUUGUUUGGAGCUGAAAAUAUGAGUACCUCUGCCUUGACUCAUCUUACUUGGACGGAUCUUGCCGAGGAGCGUAAGGUUUUCGAUCGUCGGCUCUCAACUCUUUGAAGAGAGAUUCCUGAUGUUAAAGGUGGGAUCACAUCGGCAAUGACAAACGAAUCAAGCCAUGAUAAAACUUACAGGUUUUACUCAAAUGGAUCCUUGUCAUUUUUAUGAUCAAAAAAGGUAUUUACAGUAAGAAUAAGAUGGAAAAUAGAACAAAGGAGCAGUUUUCAAAAGAUUUAAAACUCGUGAGCCUCUGCAACCAAUGAUGGAGAAGCGCACUUCUCUUGGUUCCAGCCCCCUAUCUUCAAUAUUUAUCUUGCGAGGUUCAACACCGAUUGCGUAUCUCAAUUAAUUAUAUUUUGACACGUGUCGUGUCUAUAGAAAAGCGUAUGUAUAUCUUUUAUCAGAGAACAAAAGUUCAAUUUUAUAACAAAGCCCUUGUUGUAUUUUUAGCAGUCGAGAUCACGUCUAUUGAUUAGGUACAUAACAAAACCGAACCAUAAUAUAUGCAUUCAUCAAUAAUGAAAAGGAUGUUUAAAUAGAUGGGCCGAGUCGGGCCGGCAAACCCGGUGGAUUCUCCUCAUACAAGUGAUGUGCAUCAAUCCAAUAAAUAGAUCCUCACUCCGACUCUAAAUCAACAAAUCUGGCCGCAAAAAUCUCUCCACUGAAUAGAAUUUUUAGUCCCUUUCUGAAUCUUACAUAGGAUUUUCAAUCCUAUUGACGUGCUCAUAUCCUUGUAAUGAAGAUGAAAACCCUUUGAAUUCUGUCAUUUUCUUGUCAAAUCUCGGUAAUUUGUUUUCUGGGUUUUUAAAUUUUGGAAUUUUCAUAGUUUAUGAUUUUUCAAAAAAUGUCCGAAAGUGUUUUUUCGAGGCUAUCCGAUGAUAUAAUUCUGAACAUACUUUACAAGCUUGAGGAUGAUCCCCGACACUGGGCUAGGAUAGCCUGUGUCUCCUCUAAAUUCGCAUCUCUUGUCCAGAUCAUGUGUUGCAAAACCAAAUGUUUGCAGACUAUUUCUGCCGUUGUUUCCGAUCUACUUUCCAAUGUCUCCACUUCGGCUGCCACCCCGCCUGGUGGCUGGGCGUCCCUUUACAAGCUCGCCGUCUGUUGCCCCGGCCUUCUCCACUCCGGCGUGCUCCUUGAGAACUCUGAUUUCGGGCUGGAGCGGGAGCUUGGUCCUGAUGAGAAUUAUCAAGAAAAUAAGGUACUUCCAUUCAAAAAAUCUGAAACAAUUGCUUCUUCAAGCGGGGGUAAUUCCGAGUUAACUGUUUCUGGGUCUGAUUGUGGAUGGUCCUUGUAUGAUGAUUUAUUUUUUGAUACCGUUUAUAAUGCUUCCGAAUCGUCGUCAUCUCAAAACCAUGCUGAAAUGUCAAAAGAGCAACCUGAAAUUAGGGAUCGGGAGAAAGUGGAGCAGGAUGUUGAUUUUACUUUACCUAAGAGGAGGAAGAUUUGUAGGUCACUUAGUUCUCAUUUGGCUUCUGGUGUAUGGAAUUUGAGCCGCGAGCAAGGGAAUAAGUUGCUUGCGAGCAGAUUUAAAGGAGACUGCUUGUACAUUUGCAAUUGGCCUGGUUGUGUUCACAUUGAGGAGAAGCGGAAUUAUAUGCUUUUUAGGGGGAUUUUCAAGAAUUUCAAGCAGUCAAGGGUUUGGAGGACGAUAAACGAUGGGAAUAGGAACAAGAUUGAACUGAAUUGUGCCUUCUGCACCUCCAAAGAAACCUGGGAUUUGCAUUCUUCCUUUUGUUUGAGAAGGUAUUUUGGGUACCAUGACGAUGGAGAGCCAGUGGUUCGUGCUUAUGUCUGCGAGAAUGGACAUGUGUCGGGGGCAUGGACGGAUUGGCCAUUGUACACAUGACAUUUUUGUCUCAAUUAUGGUGGUGAUUAUGUUUCUACUUUUUUACCAGCUGUUUUUAAGGAUUUAUUGACAGGAUAGAUCUUAUGAAUAUCUUUCUUUCUAAUUGAUUGCAUUUGUAGUACUCUAUUAUAUCUUUGAUUAAUUGAUGUACUUUAGAAAUUUCUGCUGUCUUCUCAAAUUGGUAAUGAGUACUAGCUUGUGCAAUUUGUGUUGUGGCGCCAUCGAUUUUGGUUUAUCUGUAA